CCCACCUUUCCCAUAUCCCCGCCAGGAGGGCAGCCCACUUGGAACUACACUUCCCGGCAGGACGCGGGCGCGCGCACGCGUAUUAGGGUCUCCGCCAUGGCGACCGUACUGUCCAGAGCGCUCAAGCUCCCAGGGAAGAAAAGCCCAGACCUAGGGGAGUAUGAUCCCCUCACACAGGCUGACAGUGAUGAGAGUGAAGAUGAUCUGGUGCUUAACUUGCAGCAGAAGAACGGAGGGGUCAAGAAUGGGAAGAGUUCUCUGGGAGAAGCCCCAGAGCCUGACUCUGACGCAGAAGUUGCAGGGGCUGCAAAGCCACAUCUCUCAGAAGUCACCACAGAGCGGUAUCCAUCAGAGCCCCUUGGGGACCUGGAGCAGAAGGCGACCUCUUCCCUGGUGUCUUACGUGCGCACAUCAGUCUUUUUGCUGACUUUGGUGAUCUCAAUGAUCCUGGUGCUCGUAUGUGCUUUCCUGAUCCCAUGCCCCCCUAGAGAUCUGCACAGCACUUGGAGUCGCCACUUGGGUCCCCAUGGAGGUGGAGACCUGUCUCCGUUGGAAUUGGCUGAUGUGAAUGGAGAUGGCCUGCGUGAUGUACUUCUCUCCUUUGUUAUGACAAAGAAUGACAGUGCAAUAGGUAUCUCCAGGCCAACAGCUCUACUUGUGUGCCUUUCUGGGAUGAAUGGCAGCACACUCUGGUCCAGUCCCCUCCCAGAGGAGGCCCGAGAUGUUACGUGCUUGGCUCUGAUGCCAGGAAGCUUGGCUGCAACCAUCUGUCUUGUAACAGGGACCCAUAAAAUGCUCAGUGCAUUCAAUGCAACAUCAGGGAAAGCCAUUUGGACUUUAAACCCAAAGCACCUGUCCAAUGGGACGCUGGCUGCCCCGGUUGUGGUACUCCCAGAUUUGGAUGACGAUGGCAUUCGAGAUCUUCUGAUUCUGGCUAUUGGGGACCCGCAGCCAGAUCUGUGCUUUCUGCUGGUGUCUGGCCGGACAGGAACUCCAGUGGGCCGACCUGUGAAGUACAACAUUUUAGGAGUGGGGAAUCUGAUUGGUCCUCAGGUUUACAUCACGACAAAUGGGGCUGUUUACAUCCUGUUUGGCUUUGGCAAUAUACAGGCCGUUGCCUUGCGAGACAUUUUUGUUCAAGCUCAAAAUCAAGACAGCUUACCACCUUCUCUGCAACUUGAAGAAUCAGAAUGGGAUAAGCGAAGAUCCAUUAACUUUUCUGAACUCAUUGACAUUUACAGUGAUGGCGUUGAGCUACUCCAGAUGGUGAAGGCACCAGAUUCCAACUGCAGUGACCUCCUGAUUACAACCAGACAAGGCCUCGUCCUUCUUCGGGGCCAAGAUCUUACAUCUUACUGGACGUUAAACCUUCAAGGCCUGCACAGUCAGCCUACUCCUGGAUAUUUCACUGACGAUCAGACCUUAGACUUCUUGCUGCAAGUUCAGGAUGGACUUACUGGGAUGAAAAAGAUGAUGGUUGUAGAUGGCUCCUCGGGCUCUGUCACUUGGAGUUACAGCAUUCCAUGUCACAUGAAAGAAACACCAACCAACUCUGCAGUCACUUCAGACCAGAAGUCCGUCUUCCUCUUUUGGGCUGAAGGGCUACCAGCUGCUUCUCCCAAGUCUGAUAGCCUCUCAGGAACUGAGCCACCCAGCCUUUACCACCUUUACCUCCUGCAUCCAGCAUUCCCUACCAUUCUUCUGGAUCUGGCCAAUACCACAGACACCGUGACAGCCUCACAGGUUGGAAUUAACGACCUCUGGAAAGAUGCCUUCUAUGUUACCAGAAUGACGGGACAAAGCUCUGAAGGCCAUCCAGCAGCCCUGGUGGUUAGCAAGCUUAGUCUGCGGUGGGCACUCAUGGAGGGCCAAAUGGUUCAGCUAAAGGAGACCACCCCUAAAAUUGGCCGUGGAGAGCUGCGAAGAUUCCUCUCUAGGAUAAAGUUUGUCGAUUCUCCUUACAAGGUGAAUGAAUAG